UGAAGGAUUUCGAUAGUAUGAUCACAGUAGGCUUAAACUACAAUUCAUGUUCAUGCAUUAGCCACUGUUCUUGCUGACAUGCUCCCUUUCUAACAAUGUUCACUCGUCGUUGUUUGAUUGUAGGCUACUAUUCGCAAUUGACGUCGCACUUCACUUUGAUAUAGGGCGGUGUGUCGUUCAACGCACCGGAUGAACUUGAGAGGCUGAACGGGAAACGAUUUCUCCGUUUCUAUUAUCCUACACUCCCGCAACCAAAGACUGACUGUAUACAACACUUAUGGUUUGCGCAACAACGGUUGUUGUUACAAUCUAACCACAGUCAGGACUUUUUGAACAUGGCUGAACCAAGCGGCAAAAGAUUGAAAACCAACCUGCCUAACUGUAAAACUCACCGAACUUUUCUCGGGAGCAGAGUGAAACAGAAUCUCCCAGCGGUCGUUGAGGAGAGUUUGUGCGGAGUAUCUACAUUGAUUAUGGAGGUCGCUUACAUACUUGAUGCACUGGCCAAGAUAUUUGAGCAGGAUGACAUUGCCUUGCCAAGAGUGGCAGCGUUCUUCCAUGAGCAGUCUGUGAACGAGCAGGCGAAGGCUGAGGCCAUGCUAGACUACCUGUCAGACAGAGGGGGACAGUACUGCAGUAAAGACAUCCAGAGGCCAGGCUGUGAGGAGGUGUAUGCUGUGAUCCCAGCCCUGGAGCUGAUGCUGGGCCAUUGGAAGGAGGAGAUGGCCGUGAUGGUGGAGCUCAGCCAGUUGUCCAAGGAGCACAGCGACCCGCACUCCGCCAGUGUGAUCAAGAGCCGCUUCCUGGGGCCAUUGGUGCCCCGUGUCAAACUGCUGGGAGACCUGCUGACCAACGCACGUAGGGUGGGCUGCACCAGCGACCGCUCGGGGGGCUUCGGGGAGUACCUCAUCGACCAGCUGCAGGAGGAGUUGACCAACGUCUCCAGUAGAUAAAUCACUCAGUAGUUUAUAUUAAAGAAAACUACUUUGCGAGUUCGACUCUCAAAACAAGCCUCUCCUGUCAGUGUUUUAUGGCCACCUAUAUUGUAUUAUAGCUUGUCUGUAAGGCCAAUGUAUUGUAGAAGACACUCCCUAUUCCUACAUAACUUGCUGGCUCCUCAAUAGAAAUGAUUGAAACUGAAAAAACAAGGGGAAUAAUUUGAGGUGUAUGGCUUAGUUACAACUAGGUUUAUUCGGAACCAAGCUGUAGCACUUCUUCUUAAUUCCUGUUUGCAUUUCAAAAAUAAUGAAUACAUAUAUUAUGCACUAGAUUUGGGCAUUUAAAAGGACACAGCCUCAUUGUAUCAUGUUCAGUGCCUUUGGAAAUUAUUCAGACCCCUUUACUUUUUCAACAUUUUGUUAGGUUACAGCCUUAUUCUAAAAUGUAUUAAAUCGUUUUUUCCCUCAAUCUACACACAAUACACGAUAAUGACAAAGCAAAAAGUUUUUUUUAAUGUUUGCUAAUUUAUUAAAAAUAAAAAACAGAUAUCACAUUUACAUAAGUAUUCAGACCCUUUACUCAGUACUUUGUUUAAGCACAUUUGGCAAUGAUUUCAGCCUCGACUCUUCUUGGGUAUGACGCUAAAAGCUUAGCACAGCUAUAUUUGGGUAGUUUCUCCAUUUCUUCUCUGACGAUCCUCUCAAGCUCUAUCAGGUUGCAUGGGGAGCUUUGCUGCACAGCUAUUUU